AUGUUAUUUUGUCCAGAUUUUACUAUUAAAUCCUUUUCUCGUGGUUAUAAUGUUCCAGAUGAAGAAAACUUAAUAUUCUCCAAGAAAAUUCAAUUAAUAACAAUAAUAAUAUUAGAUAAUAUUUUUAUAUUUAAUCUUUUGGAACAAUUAGUCUUUCAUUAA